AUGGUAGAACAAGAUUUUGGGAAACACGAACUGGGUAAUGCAGAUUCGAGUUUUCUAUUCGAAAGGGGGAGAUUCUAUGAUGAGUACUCGGCUAGAAGGAACGAGAGGUUGAAGAGGAAGAAGUUUGGUGAAAAAAGGGAGGAUUUUAGGAGGAGUAGUGUUUGUAAUCUGGGUGUUACUGUUGAAUCUGGGAAAAAGAGGGAUUUAAAGAAACAUGGGAGUGUAAGGAAAUCGGUCCCUGCAAACUUCUCGAUUGGUGGUGGGAGGACUGAGAAUCACAAAUAUUCUCUGCGAGUGCGGAGCAACAUUAAGGCUAAUGAGUAUAAGAAACCCAGUAUAAUGAUAACCGCCGCGAGAUCCAUGGUUGAUGGAGUUCAAAAGCUUAAGUUUAGAGGGAGAAUGCCAGUUCGGGAUGAAAGUUUCAACAUUGUGCGACAUGUUUAG